UGGAUAAUACAUGUAACGUAUGUAACUGUUGGUUGGUUUAUCCAUGUUUUUAUUCAUGGGAUAUUUAGUCCAUCACACAAAAUACAAGAUGAGUUGACUAGUUUCUCCGCGCAACGUGGUGUGUUUUGGCGAAGGCUUGGAAGGGUUAACGGUAGGAGGAGCAUUGGGUCGAAGGGGAGUAGCGAACGAGCCGACCGGAGGUGGGGCGAAGACACAGCUGCUCGCUCUCGUCACUAGAUUCAGAGCGUGUUGGUGACACAAUUUGUGUGGGAACUCGGGGUUCGUCUUGGACGUAAACACGGAGAGAGGAACAGACAAGAUUCAGCCUUGUGCUGACCGUCAGGAAAGUACAGAUAAACAACGGACUGAGUAGGUCACAUUUCUUAUGAUAAGCAUAAACCCGAGCCUCAGCACAUUUGGAUUGAUUCUCAGGAAGAGACCCGUCCAACCGGAGCGAGAAGACAACUGGGACAGUCUUCACAUGUCCCGCGGGUGCUGACUGGAACUCGGGACGCUCCCCUUCGCGGAAUACCAUCUGAGCUAGAGACCAGUUUGCUGUUGUGUGUGUGGCUGUCUGUGUGGUUUUUGAAUGCAAUAGCAAAUUGACUGCUAUGUUCGUGAGCGUCUUCGGACGCACGUAGAAUCUGUUUGUACUGGAGUUUCAAAGUAAUUCGCGGGAUCUCCCACCGGAGAAGGCCAAGAAGACUUGAUCAUACCUCGGGGGCUUGGAUGAUCUCUGCCUCACCAAGUUUCAGAGGCAUCCGUCGAUAUUCCAGAAAAAAAAAAAUCUAUCGAACGCAGUGCUCCGGAUCGCCCUGCUGACAUGCGCUCAGAAAUUCUGUCCGACAUGCAGAUUCCUUUCAGAUUUAGUGCGGGGUAUUUUUCCGUACAGUUACUUUAGUUCCAGUAGUUAUUUUGUUUCGACGGGGAACGAAACCACACUGCCGGAGCCACAAUGCCAGUGGUCGGAUAAGUCAGCAUUUUUACAGAGGGACGAAACAGUUAUUUUUAUAUCACACUUUGGCUAGACUGCGAUAACUGAACGCCUAUUUUGGAUACAUUUCCUUGGCCGCAGGCGAACCUUGCGCGUCACGGCAGGCGCUACAAGCUAACUACAUUUACACCCCCCCCCCCCCGAGGAAAAAAAUCUUUCUAUUCGAGGGGGCGAAAUCGGAAAGGUAGCACAAUGUAUGAGAGCGUGGACGUUGUGGGGCUGACUUCCAGCCCGAACCCCUUCCUGAUGAUGGAUUACUACAACCAGAGCCGGGGCUGCCUGAUUCCGGAGAAGGGGCUGGUUCCCGGGGCGACCCAUCCGUACAGCUCGUCCAGGCGAAACCAACACUGGAGCGGCUCCAACCACUCCAUAGAAACGCAGAGCACGAGUUCGGAGGAGAUUGUCCCGAGCCCGCCCUCGCCUCCCCCUCCUCCGCGGAUCUACAAGCCGUGUUUCGUGUGUCAGGACAAGUCCUCUGGAUACCACUAUGGCGUCAGUGCCUGUGAGGGCUGCAAGGGUUUUUUCAGGCGGAGCAUCCAGAAGAACAUGGUGUACACGUGUCACCGGGAGAAGAACUGCAUCAUCAACAAGGUGACGCGGAACCGCUGCCAGUACUGCCGUCUGCAGAAGUGCCUUGAAGUGGGCAUGUCCAAGGAGUUAGCUGUGAGAAACGACAGGAACAAGAAGAAGAAGGAGGAGAAGAAGCCGGAGUGUGUGGUAGAGAACAACACCCUGAGCCAGGACACGGAGGACAUGAUCACCAGGGUGAGGAAAGCCCACCAGGAGACCUUCCCCUCGCUCUGCCAGCUGGGCAAAUACACCACGAGUAACAGCUCGGAGCGGCGUGUGGCCCUGGACGUGGACCUGUGGGAUAAGUUCAGUGAACUCUCCACCAAGUGCAUCAUCAAGACGGUGGAGUUCGCCAAGCAGCUGCCCGGCUUCACCACGCUCACCAUCGCCGACCAGAUCACACUCCUCAAGGCCGCCUGCCUCGACAUCCUGAUCUUGCGGAUUUGCACGCGUUAUACUCCGGAACAGGACACCAUGACGUUUUCAGACGGGCUGACGCUGAACCGCACACAGAUGCACAACGCCGGGUUCGGACCGCUGACAGACCUGGUUUUCGCCUUCGCCAACCAGCUGCUGCCCCUCGAGAUGGACGAUGCAGAGACGGGCCUACUCAGCGCCAUCUGUCUGCUGUGUGGGGACCGGCAGGAUCUGGAGGAGGCUGAGAAGGUGGAUGUUCUGCAGGAGCCGCUGCUGGAGGCUCUGAAGCUCUAUGUAAGGAACAGGAGGCCUCACAAGCCACACAUGUUCCCCAAGAUGCUGAUGAAGAUAACAGACCUGCGCAGCAUUAGCGCCAAGGGAGCGGAGCGCGUGAUCACACUGAAGAUGGAGAUUCCGGGAUCCAUGCCGCCCCUCAUUCAGGAGAUGCUGGAGAACUCGGAGGGCUUGGAAAGUUCCGGAGCGUCAGGGUCGGGACGGACGAGCGGAGCGCCACCGGGCAGCUGCAGCCCCAGCCUGUCGCCAAGCUCUGCCCAAAGCAGCCCGGCAACGCAGUCACCAUAGCAACGCCUCACCCCCAACACCCUCAGCAACGACCAGCCGACUACUGUGUCCCUUGUGGCAGACAUGCGCACACACACACACACACACACGCACACACACACACACAUGCGCACACACUCAGACAUGAACGGUCUCACACACACACACACACACACACACACACACAUACGGACUGGUGCUCCUGACAUAGACCUCCUCUGAGUGUGGAGUUUUUGUGUCUUUCUUCUUCUUCAGCUUUGGAGAGACUAACCCGAGAUGAGGUGUGUGUUUGUGGCACCUCCACUCUGAUGCCUGCCGCUGGCUUUUCUCUGGGAGGGGGGGGGGGGGGGCACAAAAGACUGUCAGCGGGCGGAGGGACACCUCGACCCCAAGUGAGACACGAACAGGAGCUUCUGAUUGCUGUGGUUAUAGACAGACAGACAGACAGACUGGUUGGACAGAUAGACUCUCAGACUAAUCAACUGAAGGAAGAAUCCAGAGAAAUGAAAUGAAUGGACAUCUUGAGACUCUUAUUUCCUGGCCGUGGUUAGAAGAAAAAGACAAAACAAUAGUCUUGCCUUCUUCUCUCUUUUUCUCUCGGUUUCCAUCUUCAAGAGACUGAUUUCUUACAAAAGUAGAUAUAUAAAUAUAUAAAGAAGAUCCGGAAUGAUUGUGAGUUGUCCAUGAAUGGAAUGACAGAUUUAAAAAAAAAAAAAAAAGAAAGAAAGAAAAAAAGAUUUUUUUGAAGUUUAGAUGCUGUUGUAUUUCUUCACUGUUACAAAUCUUUUCAUACCCAUGAACGCAAAAAAAAAAAAAAAGAAAGAAAACUGUUCUGUUGUUGUUAUCACUGACUGAUGUUGUUUUCAUGGAAACAAAUUCUAAAAAUGAAAAAUUAAAAUUUUACGACAAAAAAACCCCGCUGUGCACAACAAGCUGAAUGCACGAGAGAGCUGUGAAGCCCAACUCGCUUCUCCUGAUUUUGUCUUUCCUGGUGUGUCCCUGCUGUUGCCAUGGAGACGGGCCAGAACCAUCACGCUGGUGCUGUUGCAGUGACCCAGCCCUGAUCUGGUGUAACCUGUGUGGUGGUUCGGACAAGCACAGUCCCACACCGGACUUGAACUAGCGACCUCCGACACGGGAGACAGGAAUGCUAACGAGGAGGCUAAAUAAUUAAGACCUUUGUCAGGUUUUUAAUGGCACACACGACACACUGGAACACACACGUGCAUAUAUGGAGGCGACACAGGACACACACACACA